AGUAUUAUAUACAGUAUAAUACCUAUACAUCAUAGAUAUUUUAAUGCUAUAUAUUGCAAUAUCAACUAUCAAUUUCGAAUCGCGGCGCUAGUUGCGGGCCUGUCUUAAAUGUUAGGUUCUCGCGCUGUCGCUGUGGCCUGUGAAUUGUAAUUUGUUGCCGAAUGCCGAUGGUGCAGGAGCAGAACUCUAUUUGUUUAUUAUAGUCGGUAAUUUGUUUAUUUGUUUGUACUUUCACAGUUAGGCACCUAGUACCCACCACAGUUAGCUAGUUACUCAAAACCAUAAGCAUUUAGUACUACCUUCAACGAAUCCGUCAAAUCUGUUUAUCGUGGUUUCAUUCCAGCGGCUUUUCGAGAGACUCACAAAAUAUAUAAUUUAUUAUUGUGUACAUUUAUCUCCAUAAAACAUACAAUGAGUGUAUCGGGAGAAAAUACUGUUGAUGUAGAAGAACCGGAACAGUUCAGGAAAUUGUUUAUUGGUGGACUUAACUACACUACUACAAAUGAUUCAUUAAAAGAAUUUUUUGAAAAGUGGGGUGAUAUUGUGGAUGUAGUUGUUAUGAAAGAUCCUGUCACAAAAAGGUCACGAGGUUUCGGUUUUAUUACAUAUUCAAAAUCUUCAAUGGUAGAUGAUGCUAUGGCCAAUAGACCGCAUAAAAUUGAUGGUCGUGAAGUAGAAACAAAACGUGCUGUACCUCGUGAUGACAUAGAUAAACCUGAUAUAGCAUGGACUGUGAAAAAAAUGUUUGUUUCUGGAAUUAAAGAACAAGCUGAAGAAGAUUUAAAAGAGUAUUUUGGACAGUAUGGAAAUAUACUUAAUAUUCAAAUUAUUACAGACAAAGAGACUGGUCAACGUAAAGGAUUUGGAUUCAUUGAAUUUGAUGAUUCAGAUUCAGUUGAUAAAGCUGUUUUAAUCAAAAGUCAUGAAGUUUCCGGAUCUAAAUUAGAAGUUAAAAAAGCUGUUAGCAAAGAUGUAGCAUCGGCUUCUAGAGGUCGUAGAGGUGGUCGUGGUGCUAGUAGUGGAAGAGGACAAAAUUGGGGAGGACCAAAUAAUAAUUGGGGUGGUAACCAUUUUGGGGGAUAUGGCGGUGGAAGCAGUGGUGGUGGUUGGGCUCAAGGAGGUCCUCAAGGCUGGAAUAAUGUUUGGGGUAGUCAAGCUUCUCAAGGAGGUUGGGGUAAUGGAGGAGGUAAUUGGGGAGGUAGUCAAAGUGGAUAUGGAGGAGGACCAAUGCGAGGAAAUUUUGGUAACAAUAGAGCAGUACCAUAUCAUACAGGUCGUGGAGGUAGUGGUAAUUUCCAUCAAAAUUCGAGAGGAAGGUAUUAAAAGCAGGUUGCUGAAGCGAAGGCUGGUAGGAAUCAAUAACCAUCAAAUUUUUCUCCUUCAACUUUUGGGUAUUGAACUAUUCGAAUGAUGUUUUUUUUCCGACAAAAACUAUCUGCUCUUCACAUGUUGACACUUAAUGCCAUUUAUUAUCGCUAUUAAAUUAUGCAAAUACUCAAGUAAACAGUUUUCGACUAAUCAAGAGUUUUUUGAUACAUGCAUUUACAGAGUUUUGAAAUUAAACUGACAUAAUCAAAAAGAUGACAAUGUUUUGUUUUUAAUUUGCAAUGUAACUGUAUUUUGGUUUAAAAGAGGUACAUAACAUUUACUUCAUAGAAAAUAAUUCAAAAUGUACAUUAUACCUGGGUAUAAAUCAAAUCAUUUUGUUUUGAAGUAAGUGCUUACAAUAUUAAGUUAACCAAUGAAAAAUGUUAAGCUGUUAUAACUGA